AUGACAAGCAUCAAUUGCUUGUGGCUCUGUUUGCUGCUCUGCCACAGCUGCAGCAUUUUUGGAUUACUGCGUCUCGAACAGCACCUGGCCGAGGCUUUGCCUUUCGAGUAUUUAGACGAGCACGUGGAUGACUUCAACUACGACCUGGACGAGGCACAGUCCCAGGCCAAAUACGAUGCACGCCUGCUGUCCGAGCAAAUGCUAAGCGACGCUGAGCUUCAGCAGAGAGCAGACAUUGAAUCCGGCAUUAUCUCCAGUUCUAACACCAACAACGACAACAACAACAACAACAAUUUCAAUGCCAACUCCAACACCGACUCGACGGCAGCUGCCGCUGGCUCCAGUUCUGCAGCUGAGGCUGCGGACGACUUGGAGCCACACAGUAGGGCAGCGGCAUGUUUCACAAAUGGCCACAAGUACACACACGGCCAAAAGGUGCCGCGUUUGGAUCCCUGCGAGGUUUGCCUUUGCAUGGACGGCGAAAUAUUCUGCUGGUGGGAGAAAUGCGAUAAGGCGAAUGUAAAUAAAGUAGCGACAGCACCUGCAGCGGCAGAGGUUGAGGCAGAGACAGAGACAGAGGCAACGGCAACGGCAGCUGCAGCGAAUGGUGGCGGUGACUAUUCGGAUCCGUAUCGGUACGAGACCACAACGAGAAAAUCAACAAAACUGCACAAAACGGAGAGGAAAGCUGGCAAGCGGCACAAGCAUCACAAGAAUCAAAAGAAUUUUAAUGACUACGAAGUUUACCACAGCCGCAAGCAGGCGCCGGAUUAUGAAAAGCCAGACAUAAAGCAACAAAAACAAAAGAACGACAGCGUUGCCAACCACAGCAACUACAAUAUAAUCAAGCAACACAAACAUGAGCCGCAGCAAAAGUUGGCAACGGCAACGCUCCAGCAACAGCAACAGCAGCAGCAACAGCAACAUAAGAUGCCCCCUCAACAGCAGCAGCAGCCACUCCAUAUGGCAGCAGCUUCUGUUAAUCAAGCAGCAAAGGAAACGCAUUAUCAACAACAAUUGGCGCCGCCUCAGCAGCAGCAGCAACAGGAGCAGCAGCCACAGCAGCAACACCAACACCAACAGCAGCAGCAGCAACAUUUGCACGCCCAUCAGCCUCACUCGUCCAGCAAAAUUUUAAAUUUUCCCGAAAAUUUGCCGGCCCUGCUUUAUUACGACUACAAAACGGAGGAGCAUGAGCAUCAUCAGCAUCAGCAUCAUCAGCAGCAUUUGUUGCACGAAAAGCAACGGCUGCAACAACAACAGCAGCAACAGCAGCAGCAAGAGCAGCUGCGCCAGCAACAUCAGAAGAUACUGCAAAAGACGAACGCAAUUGUUGAACUCGGCACAGACUUGGGCACUGAUAAAAACUUUGAUGAGGCGGAAACAGACAGCGAUAUUUUGCCCGAGCCACCAACCAAGCGACCAGCAACAACAUUGACAGCCACCAGCAGCAGUUACAGCAGCAACAACAGCGACAGCAGCAGCAGCAUGGUCCAUGCGACAACAAUGGCAGCAGCAGCAGCAACAACAAUCGAAAUGAUGACAACGCCGCGCAGCCAACCAGCAGCCACAACGGUUGCCAUAGCAAAUACAAAUCUGCAACAGGAUAAGGAAAUUGAGGAAGCUGACGAUGCAUUUCAUCGCUGGCUGACAUCGACGGAACUGAAUGUUGACAGCACAAACACGCUUGACGAUAACUUGGCAGCAGCUGCGGCAGCGGCAGCAGCAGCAGCAGUUGCUGUCGAGCAGGAAACGCCAGCAUCAACAAUAAUCGAUGAUGUUGGCAUUAACAAAGGCAACAACAACACCAGCAGCAGCAGCAGAAAAGACAAUGGCAACAGGCACGGCAACAACAUAGCUGACAAUGCGGAUGCUGUGUUCUUUCGUAGCUCCUACAAUGAUUACAGCAGCGAAUUCAAUGGCAGCGUAGUCAAUAUUGACAUUACACUAACUGCUGUCGAUGUGCACCCACAUCAGCAACAUCAACAACAGCAGCAGCAGCAGCAGCAGUUGCCCAAAGCUGAUGCCAGUGCGCAAACGGAUUUAAUUGCAAAAGACAACCAAACGUCAGACGUGGGAGCUGCUGCUGCGAGACAACAAACAACAAUGCAACCAGCAGCAACAGUCACAACAACAACAACGCCGCGUGUGGCCAUCAGCAGCAGCAGCAAUCAGUAUAGUGUGCCGCCCUACACGCUGACAACGAUUAUAACAACAACGCCUAUGGCAACGGGGCGUAUGUGCAAUGUGCUUGGCAAAUUGUAUAAAAUUGGUGAAAUUCUGCCACAGGACACCGGCAACUGUUUGCAGUGCAUUUGCACGGAUGCGGUAACACCUGAUGAGCUGCCCAGCGUCACAUGCAGUCCCCACAACUGCCCGCCGCUCGUCCUGCCCGAUCUGUUCGAUGCGACUGGUUACUGAGGUUACGGGUAUGUGCUGUAAGUUGUAAAAUCUGCCAAGAGACAGAAGUUCAAUACAAA